AAGAAAACAAUCCGACCGUUGUACACAUAUAGCCGUUAAACAAACAACAAUUUAAAUACCUGAAAUCUUAAUUUCAUAGAAAAAGAAAUCUUACUAAAAAAGAACAACAAACACAAGUCUUCUCUGCAAUUUUUAUUCAUUUCUCAAUCUCUUCUCUCAUAUUCCUUUCCAUUUCCAAUCUCUGUUUCUUCAUAAAGUAUUAAUCUUUUUUUACUCUAAUGGCCGGAACUAAAGAUUCUCAUGUAGUGGAGAUUCCGGUAGACGAAGAGCAUAAAGAGAGACAGCAACAACAACAGCAACAACAGUUGGUUACGGUUUCGAAUCCGGGGUUGGGGAUACUGAAGGUGAUUCAGCAGCAUCCGUUGUCUGAGAUCUCAGAGAGUCCAGGACAUUUGUUGCUUUUGAAGCUAUGGCAAAGAGAAGAAGAUCUGUUCUGUCGUCGUGUCCUUCUUAAGGAAUCAAGGCUAGAGUCAAUCAAAAGAGAGAUCUUUCAGCUCUGUUGUUUCUUCCUCGUCUUCCACGGGUUCUUCUUCACUCUCGUCUACUCUGCUUCUUGUUCUGAUGACGAUGACUUGAUGAGAAGAGACGCGGUCUGCAAGAAAUGGUGGAUACCUUCUGCAGUGUCACUAGCCACUUCGCUGGUUCUUGUGUUUCUUGUUCAGGCUAGGCUGUUUGUGUUCUGGAAAGUUUAUAGAGGAGUUCAUAGGGAGAGGAAUGAUAACAGAACGCUUACACGGUGUGUUUUGGAGUUGAGGAUGAAAGGUUCCAGCUUCGAUUUGUCAAAGGAGCCAAUGAGUGGGAAGAGGAUGAAGAGCUCAAGCGUUGAGAUCAAGUGGAAACCUGUUACUUGGUUCUCUCAGUAUUUGAUCACCAUUGUUCUUCUUUGCUUUUCAGGAUUGUUCUUCCCGGUCUCAAAGUUCAUCCUCUGCUGAUUUUGACAGAUCAGCCAAACUCUCAAAUAUUUGUUUUUUUCGGAUUCUGCAUUCUUUCUUCAACCUCCAUUGUGGGGAUGAAGCUUUUGGUCCGAUCUUAGCAAAAGCUUGUCACUGGCCUCUGUAUCAUCAGGCUUUGAGAGAGUUGCUGUCAAAUCUUCCAGACUUGAGAAUACUCCCGGGUCCAAGAACAAUCUGUAACUUUUAGCGCUUUACACAGAGAAUAGAUGUAACUCGGAAUCAGAAUAUUCUGAUAUUGAUUGUUAAGUUCAAUUCUUCGUUUAUAAUAAAGAACACAUCUUGUAUA